CUCACUCACAGCUUCUUUCACAUGCCUCCGCAUCUCCACCCUGAGCCUCAUCUCAUCGCCCUCAAUUGAUCUGCGCAAGGCAAUUGCGAAAUCACCUCAUCACAGCCAAAAGCUACGACCAUCACAACUCUAGAACAUUUUCUCAUUCUUCAUCUCACAUCAAUCUCUACCGCCAUUAGAUAAACUUCCCGGCUGCUCAUCUAGUCUUGUUCAUCCGUAAUCAUAAAUCAACCCCAAAAUCAUUAAGCCUCAAAGGAUCCAUAAACAUAAACACGCAAUGUCCAGCGCCGACAUCAAAAUCCCCCUGCGCCACAAGCCAGACGACGUCGGCUACCGCCUCAUCGAACUGCCCCCCGAACUUCAGUCUCUCCUCGAAUCCGAUAAUCCUCCAGUCCUCACCCUAGAAUCUUCCGAAACCUCAGCCCUCCUCAAGUCUCCCGACAGAACCUACUCUCUCCGCCAGAAAAACACGUCAAACUCCGUCAUCCUGCUCUCUCCCUUGGCCUCAUCUACGUCUUCAAAUCAGGGUAUAGCCGCUAUUUCUACGAUCCACGAGACUGUCGAGCUUGAGCUUGUGCCUGAACAUGCCGCUGCUGCAAGCGGACAGCUUAAGAACACUGGGAGCAGGGGCAAAUGGCACGAAAUGUUUGGAAAGGGACGAUAGUUGCGAAUGUUAAAUAUAUUCACCAUAGCGACUAUUCUAAAAAUACAGUAAAAAUUCAAUCCAGAUACG